AUGUCUUCGUCAUCUAGUUCAUCGGAGUCAUCGCCUAAUUUAUCACGGUCAAACUCGCUAGCUAACACCAUGGUUUCCAUGAAAACAGAGGAUCAUACAGGAUUAUAUGACCAUAGACAGCAUCCAGACUCAUUACCAGUCCGUCACCAAGCUCCCGCAUUGAAGCAAGAGGAAAUUGCUAAGCGCUCUAAAUUUCCUACUCCAAAUGAGCAGAAGAACGUAACCAAAUACGGUACAAGUGUAGAAACAGGGAGCGUACCCGCAAGGAAACGCAUGAAUUUUGAAGACGAUGGCUCAGAUUUGGAUGAAUCGGUUGCUCACCAUCAAUUGAGAGCCUCUGCUAUUUUAACUUCUAAUGCGAGGCCUUCGAGACUAGCCCAUUCCAUGCCACACCAGAGGCAACUUUAUGUGCAGAGUAACACUCAGCCCUCAUUAAAUGAUGUGGGUGUAAAGAGAGACUAUACAAUGUCACCUUCUACCGUGUCCUCAGGCAACAAACCCAAGUUGAGUUCAUCUUCUUCGGCAAGCCCUAUCACGAAAGUUCGUAAACCUUCACUGGUCAAUCCAAUUCUUGAAGUGCCGCAUGAGUCCAAAUCUGAUGUACAUCCUAAGCAGUGCAAACCUAAGAGAAGAACUUAUUCCACAACUUCUACGCACUCAUCAAUUAACCCUGCCGUUUUACUGACGAAAAGCGCAUCUCAAAAAUCUGAUACAGAAGAUGAUACAUUAGAAAGGAAACCUGUACGGAUGAACACUAGAGCUUCUUUUGAUAGCGACGUAUCACAGGCUUCAAGAGAUUCACAAGAAACGGAGGAAGAUGUUUGUUUCCCUAUGCCUCCUCAACUGCAUACAAGGGUUAACGGUAUAGAUUUUGAUGAACUAGAGGAAUAUUCACAAUUUGCAAACGCGGAGAAGAGUCAAUUCUUGGCUAAUCUUCAAGCACCAAAUGAACAGAAAUUUGGUAAUGUCACCCAGGAUAUUGGAUUCACCAGCUCUACUUCCACUUCGGGGUCUUCUGCGGCCUUGAAAUACACCCCAAGAGUUUCACAAACCGGUGAAAAGAGUGACAGUGGUAAUGAAAUAGACGUGCAUGGGAAGAAGAAAGAGGAGCAUGAAGAAGUUAAGCCUAAUUUACGUCCUGGUGUUUCUUUUGGUAAGAACAAGGUGGAAGGAGAAGAAAAUGAACACAUCCCUGCACACGAUCCGGAAUAUUACUCAUACCAAAAUACAGAUUUUCAAAUUCCCAAUAGGUUUUCAUUUUUUUGUUCGGAAUCUGAUGAAACCGUACAUGCAAGUGAUAUCCCUUCCUUAGUGACCGAGGGCCAGACGUUUUAUGAAUUAUUCAGAGGAGGGGAACCAACAUGGUGGUUGGAUUGCAGCUGUCCAACUGAUGAUGAAAUGCGUUGCAUAGCAAAAGCAUUUGGCAUCCAUCCAUUAACAGCAGAGGAUAUAAGAAUGCAAGAAACUCGUGAAAAAGUGGAACUUUUCAAGUCAUAUUAUUUUGUGUGUUUUCACACAUUUGAAAAUGAUAAAGAAUCGGAGGAUUUUUUGGAACCUAUCAAUGUUUACAUUGUGGUGUGCAGGUCAGGUGUCUUAACCUUUCAUUUUGGCCCAAUAUCUCAUUGUGCUAAUGUGAGGAGACGUGUAAGGCAAUUGCGUGAUUAUGUCAAUGUCAACUCAGAUUGGUUAUGUUAUGCUUUAAUUGAUGAUAUCACAGAUAGUUUCGCUCCUGUUAUUCAAUCCAUUGAAUAUGAAGCUGACUCGAUUGAAGAUUCCGUAUUCAUGGCCCGUGACAUGGAUUUUGCAGCCAUGCUACAAAGGAUUGGUGAAAGCAGACGUAAAACAAUGACGUUGAUGAGGCUUCUAAGUGGUAAGGCCGAUGUUAUCAAAAUGUUUGCCAAAAGAUGCCAAGAUGAAGCUAAUGGUAUUGGGCCAGCGUUAACAUCACAAAUCAAUAUUGCGAAUUUACAAGCAAGGCAGGAUAAUGCUAAUCGUACCAAUGACAAUAGUUAUGCGACCUUGUCAAAUAGCUAUGUGCCCACCACAUCGCAACCAAGGGGAGAUAUUGCUUUAUACUUGGGUGAUAUUCAAGAUCAUUUGUUGACUAUGUUUCAAAACUUGUUGGCGUAUGAGAAGAUUUUUUCUAGAUCUCAUACGAACUAUUUGGCACAACUGCAAGUAGAGUCAUUUAAUUCGAAUAACAAAGUUACGGAAAUGUUAGGUAAGGUAACUAUGAUAGGUACGAUGUUAGUUCCAUUGAAUGUUAUCACUGGUCUAUUCGGUAUGAACGUUAAAGUUCCAGGAGAAAAAUCUAGUCUUGCGUGGUGGUUUGGGAUUCUAGGUGUUUUACUUUUGCUGGCCGUUGUAGGUUGGUUCUUGGCCAGCUAUUGGAUUAAAAGAAUAGAUCCCCCAGCGACACUUAACGAAGCUGCAGAAAGUGGAGCCAAAUCAGUCAUCUCUAGUUUUUUACCAAAAAGAAACAAGAGAUUCAAUGAUCGUUCCAAAACUAUUAAUGUGAGAGUCGGCCCUUCAAACAAAUCCGUUGCAAGUCUUCCUAGUAGAUAUAGCCGCUACGAUUGA